AGAAGCGUCCUCAGUUGCCAUGGACACGGCGUCCUGCGAAGAUCCCAGCAGCAGAAAGGAGUCUCCUGAAAUCUGCUCUCCGGGAUUACUGGUGUUCGCCGGCUCUUCGGAACUGGAUGCCAGCUUGGCUAAGCAGUUCUGGCUCCGAGCAUCCAUGUAUCCCCCCAGCGAAUCUCAGCUGGUACUACGCAGAGGGAGCAGUCAGCGCCUGCCGGUAGCGGGGUCCUCGAAGAGCAAGAAAAGUCAGCCCCAUCUUUUCUCACUGGAGAAUAACAAAACUGCAGAUAUCCUUGCGGAAGCCCUUAAGAGACAAGAAUGUGAGGAGAAAAUGAAGUAUCUCGAAAAGGCUAAGAGGAGAGAUGAAAUAAUCCAACUCUUACGAAAACAAAGAGAAGAAAGGAUCAUGAAAGAACUAAUUUCUCUUCCUUAUAAACCCAAGGUCAAGGUACAAAAGGAAAAGUAAGACGGUGAUUUUAGAGUCAGAUAAAGAAGACCAAGAAGCAGUCAAAGCCUUGGACUAAUUCGACACAUUACAGAAGCUGGUUUGCUUGUAUCUUCACUUUGGAAACAAGCUACUCCUACAUCAGAACCAUUGAGAUCACUGCCAAGUUAAAAUACUCAAGAAAUAAAAUCAUACAUGCAGACUUCUAUGAAUGUUACCAG